CUCAUCCAUUUCACUCUCUAGUUUCAUUCAGCCAAGCAAAGCAUGGCUUUUAAGCUUUGGGCUUCUUCAGCUGCCAAUGCACUCAAGAUAUCUUGCAGUGGAGCCAGAGCACCUCUCCUCCCUGCCUUCUCCAUCUCCAGAUGCUUUUCCUCUGUUCUGGAUGGUUUGAAGUACAGUAAUUCUCAUGAAUGGGUGAAGCAUGAAGGUUCUGUUGCUACCGUUGGCAUCACUGACCAUGCUCAGGGUCAUCUGGGAGAAGUGGUGUUUGUUGAGCUGCCAGAAUCUGGGACUUCAGUCAGUAAAGGAGCCGGCUUUGGAGCAGUGGAGAGUGUGAAGGCCACAAGUGAUGUUAAUUCACCAAUUUCUGGCGAAGUCAUUGAAGUUAAUACCAAGUUGUCAGAAACUCCAGGACUGAUAAAUUCAAGUCCUUACGAAGAUGGUUGGAUGAUCAAGGUGAAACCAAGCAGCCCUGCCGAAUUGGAUUCAUUAAUGGGAUCAAAAGAAUACACCAAGUUCUGUGAAGAAGAGGAUGCUCAUCAUUAGAGCAAUGAAUGAAUGAUAUCUAUCAAGUUUGCGAAUCCAACCUUAACUGUUUUUUUUUCCUCUGUUUUCUUUUACACUUUGAAUAGUAGAAUUUUCUUGUAUGUAUGAUGAACAACAGCAUCAGUAUUUUCAUGCAAUCCCAAUCUUAUAUUGUUUCCUUUA